CGGCGGCAGAGCUGGGCUGCUAUGGCGCGGACCAGGCCUGUGACCCGGGAUUGCAGGCCCCUGCGCCCCCGCUUGCUGCCGCCGCCGCUGCUGCUGCUCCUGCUGCCCUGGUCCCCGUCCCUUGCCCUGGUGGUUGGGACGGUGCCUUCUGAGACCCCGAAUGGGCAGACCUCAGACCCAUGCGCCUCGGAGCCAUGCGCUCCAGGGACCAAGUGUCAGACAACAGACAGCGGUGGCCACACCUGUGUGCCCCCAGAACCCCAGGGCUGUGCCACCCAGCCCUGCCACCACGGUGCCCUGUGUGUGCCCCAGGAUCCGGAUCCUAACAGCUUCCGCUGCUACUGUGUACCUGGUUUCCAGGGUCCCCGCUGUGAGCUGGACAUUGAUGAGUGUGCAUCCCGGCCCUGCCAUCACGGGGCCACCUGCCGCAACCUGGCUGAUCGUUUUGAGUGCCACUGCCCCCUCGGCUAUGCAGGCGUGACCUGCGAGGCCGAGGUGGACGAGUGCGCCUCGGCGCCCUGCCUGCACGGCGGCUCCUGCCUGGACGGCGUGGGCUCCUACCGCUGCGUGUGCGUGCCGGGCUACGGGGGCGCCAGCUGCCAGCUGGACCUCGACGAGUGCCAGAGCCAGCCGUGCGCACACGGGGGCACGUGCCACGACCUGGUCAGCGGGUUCCGGUGCGACUGCGCGGACACGGGCUACGAGGGCGCGCGCUGCGAGCUGGAGGUGCUGGAGUGUGCGUCGGCGCCCUGUGAGCACAACGCCACCUGCCUCGAGGGCCUCGGGAGCUUCCGCUGCCUCUGUUGGCCAGGCUUUAGCGGCGAGCGAUGCGAGCUGGACGAGGACGAGUGUGCUGUGCGCCCCUGCCGGAACGGCGGCCUCUGCUUGCAGCGCUCGGAUCCGGCCCUGUAUGGGGGUGCCCAUGCCACCCUGCCAGGCGUUUUCAGCUUCCGCCACGCCGCGGGUUUCCUGUGCCGCUGCCCUGCGGGCUUUGAGGGGGAUGACUGCAGCGUGGAUGUGGAUGAGUGUGCCUCAAGGCCAUGCGUCAACGGUGGGCGCUGCCAGGACUUGCCUGAUGGCUUCCAGUGUUACUGCUCCGUCGGCUACACAGGCCUCACAUGUGAGGAAGAUGUGGAUGAGUGCCUGUCGGAGCCCUGCCUCCAUGGUGGGACCUGUGAUGACACUGUGGCUGGAUACACCUGCCGGUGCCCAGAGACCUGGGGCGGGCCUGACUGCUCUGUGCAGCUCAUUGGCUGCCAGGGCCACACCUGUCCGCUGGCUGCUGCCUGCACCCCCAUCUUCAAGUCUGGGGUCCACAGUUAUGCCUGCCGCUGCCCGCCUGGCACCCAUGGGCCUGACUGUGGCCAGAAUACCACCUUCUCUGUGAUGGCCAGGAUCCCUGUAUGGGCAUCGGUGCCAGCUGGCGGGCCUCUGGGCCUGGCACUAAGGUUUCGCACCACGCUGCCUGCUGGGGCCCUGGCCACUCGGACUGAUACUCAGGACAGCUUGGAGCUGGCACUGGUGGGGGGCACACUUCAAGCCACUCUCUGGAGUCAUGGAGUCACUGUUGUUGUCCUGAGACUGCCAAGCAUAGUCCUAAAUGAUGGUCACUGGCACCAGGUGGAGGUGGCACUCCGCCUUGGGACCCUGGAGCUGCAGCUGUGGCAUGAGGGAUGCUCUGAUGGGCUUUGUGUGGUCUCUGGUCCUGUGGUCCCACGUCCCACAGCUCUGGUGGCUCCUGGGCCUCCAGGACCCUGCUCUGUACAGCUGGGUGGCUCGGCCUUUGCUGGCUGCCUCCAGGAUGUGCUUGUGGAUGGGCACCUUGUGCUCCCAAACAACCUCAGCCAGAAUGCUGUCGUGGGCUGUGAACGCCGUGAGCAGUGCCAGCCUUUGCCCUGUGCCCACGGAGGGGCCUGUGUGGACCUGUGGACUCACUUCCACUGCGACUGCCCCCGGCCAUACAGUGGUCCCACAUGCGCCAAUGAGAUUCCUGCUGCCACCUUUGGCUUGGAGGGCACUGUGAGCUCCACCUCCUUCCUACUCCAUGAGCUGCCAGGCCCCAACCUCACGGUGUCCUUCUUCCUCCGCACACGCAAGCCUGCUGGCCUGUUGCUACAGUUUGCCAACCACUCAGUGGUAGGCCUGACGGUCUUCCUGAGUGAGGGCCAGAUCCUGGCCAAGGCUCUGGGCAGUCCUGUUGUGGAGCUGCCUGGGCGCUGGGACGAUGGGCUCCGCCGCCUGGUGACGCUCAACUUUGGUCCUGACCAGCUUCAGGACCUGGGGCAGCAGGUGCACGUGGGCGGGAGAAUCCUCCCUGCCGACAGCCAGCCCUGGGGUGGGCCCUUCCGAGGCUGCCUCCAGGACCUGCGACUCAACGGCCUCCACCUCCCCUUCUUUCCUCUGCUGGGGAACAACUCCAGCCAGCUCAGUGAGCUGGGCGAGUCCCGGAAUCUCACCCAGGGCUGUGUGUCUGAGGACACAUGCAGUCCCAACCCCUGUCUAAAUGGCGGGACUUGCCUGGUCACAUGGAAUGACUUCCAUUGCACCUGUCCGGGCAACUUCACAGGGGCUAUCUGUGCCCAGCAGCUGUGGUGUCCCAGUCAGCCCUGCCUCCCACCCGCCACCUGUGAGGAGGUCCCAGAUGGCUUUGUCUGUGUGGCCGAGGCCACGUUCCGCGAGGGCCCCCCGGCCGCGUUCAUCGGGCAUAAUGUGUCGUCGGGGCGUGCGCUCAGCGGGCUCUCGCUGGCCUUCCGCACCCGCGACCCCGAGGGCGGGCUGUUGCGCGCCGCCGCGGGCGCCCACGCGGAGCUGUGGCUGGCGGUGCGCAACGGCUCUCUGGCGGCUAGCGUGAGCAGCGGCGGGGACGCGGCGCGCGUCCUGCUGGCCGAGAACUUCACGGGCUGCCUGGGCCGCGUGGCGCUCGGCGGCCUCCCGUUGCCCCUGGCGCGGCCGCGGCCUGGAGCGUCCCCCGGGACCCAGGAGCACUUCGUCGCCUGGCCGGGGGCGCCGGCCCCGAGUCUCGGCUGCCGCGGCGCGCCCGUGUGUGAGCCCUCGCCCUGCCUGCACGGCGGCGCCUGCCGAGACCUCUUCGAUGCUGUCGCCUGCGCCUGCGGCUCGGGCUGGGAGGGUCCGCGCUGCGAGGCCCGUGCCGACCCCUGUCGCUCUGCCCCCUGUGCCCGCGGCCGGUGUCACGCGCGCAGGGACGGCCGCUUCGAGUGCCGCUGCCCUCCGGGAUUCGUGGGCGCGCGCUGCAGGUUGUCCAUCUUGCCUGAGGGGUGUGGCCUCAACUCCACUUGCCUCAGUGGUGGCCCCUGUGAGGCUGGGCCCAGCAGUGCCAACUGCAGUUGCCAGGAGGGCUCUACUGGCCAGAGGUGCCGAAACCCCACCCUGCCCUGUGAAGCCAACCCCUGUUUGAACGGGGGCACCUGCCAGGUGUUGGGUGGGGCGUAUGAAUGCACCUGCAGCUCAGGAUUCUCCGGCCCGAUCUGUGAAGUGGUGAAGGGCCUGCCGCUGCCACUGCCAUUCCCAUUGCUGGAGGUGGCUGUGCCUGCAGCCUGUGCCUGCCUCCUCCUCCUGCUCCUGGGUCUCCUUUCAGGGAUCCUGGCUGCCAGGAAGCGCCGCCAGUCAGAGGGUACCUACAGCCCAAGCCAGCAGGAGGUGGCUGGGGCCCGGCUGGAGAUGGACAGCGUCCUCAAGGUGCCACCCGAGGAAAGACUUAUCUAGGUGGCCUGGCUGCCUGGA